GCUCUCUUCUCUUCGGACUUCGGUCUGAAUCCCUUCUUUUAAGUUUGUGCCGUAGAGACGAGUCUCUCCCGAACUUUCUUUUUCACGCACAAUUUUUGGAACAUCUAUUAUUUCUGGCUCAAGCAAGGUUUUUGAACUUUCUUCUCCAAAGUCUUUGCUCUUCAAUUUUGAACGCCAAUUCCUUAAUUUGGAUUCAUCAAGAUGGCCAUCCGGUUAAUCUGAAUUGGAAAUCGACGUAUCAAAAGACUCUUCAAUAUUUUUUUCCUGUUGGAUCCUCUUGGAGCUUCUGAGACAACGGCUGAACCGACGUACAAUCUCCAUCCCAGCUGCAUACUCCGACCAAGUUGUUAAGGCAUCUAAUCUGGCCCGUGGACCUCUCUGGGCCUGAAAAGAACCGCUUGCCAGGGACUGAAACGCGGGACCAGCCGGCGGAGUUCAAUUGAACACAUCUCACAAAACUGAGCUGCAGUACAGCCGCCAAGAAUCUGUGCAGCAGUCAGACAAAAUACUUUCAGUUUGGACAUUAUUUAAACACAGCUGAUCGUGGGUUUGGCCUCAGAAUCUGUCUGAACUUCACUCCAGCAACAGAUUUUCUUUCUAUUUGCAAGAUCAGCAGGACACAGAGACCUCCACCAUGUCCACUGCAGACCAGCUGCUGGAGCAAAUGUUCUCCUGGAUCGAGCAGAGGGAACAGUGUGCAAGGAAGCUGAAGAAGCUGGCCCAGGAGCUUGAGUCACUCAGAGAGAAAUGUAACGCCAGUGAAGUUGUUGGCAGUUCAGUGGCAGUGGUUGGAGCGGCAUGUUUACUUGGAGCCGGUGUGGCCACUCUGUUCACCGGCGGUGCAGCUGCUCCAUUGUUAGGUUUAGCGGGAGGAGUGUAUUCAGGCGUAGGUCUCGGCAUAUCUGUGAUUACUAAAAUCACUGAGCACCUCUCGUCAAGCGACACCAUGAAAGACGCAAAGAAGAUAGAAAGUCAGAGCAAUGAAAUUACCCAAAAAAUCCAGAAACUGUUCCAGAAGCUGAAGGAAGAGAGGCAGCAGGCGGGAUCCUUUACAGGCCCUGAUGAUCUGGACCGUCAUGUCAUGACUGAAAUCUUGGGAGCCAUGGCCAGACGAAGUGGAAUGCAUCCUCACUUCAUCAUGCAAAUGCUCCAACGGCCCAAUUUAUUUUUUAGUGCAGGAGCAGGCAACAUAGGGCUCGACCAGAGAGUCUUUAACCCUGAACUGAUGGUCGGACUUGCUGGUAUUUUAUCAUUUUUCACACUGACAGCUGGUGGGAAGGAAUUUCAAUUUCUGUUUGCCAAAGGAGGCCAACAACUGUUCAAAGAAGUCUCUAAAACUGGACUUAAAACAGCCCUUAAAGGAGGUGCCAUGGCUGUUGGGGGAGUGAUUGGAAUCGCGUUUGAACUUCCUGAGGCAAUCAACCAAUGGAAAGACCUGAUUGAGAAGAAUCAUGUGACUGAAGCGAGCCAAUCACUGAGAGAUACAGCUAACGACCUUGAAAAGAUCAGCCGCACUCUGAAGGAGCAGCUGGAUAAGAUCAAAAAAAUGUUUAAGGAGUUUGAAGUACUGAAGAACUGCAUUGAAAACAGCAACAGGAGUCCUCAGCAAAAGGAAGACUUCAUCAAGAUUGUUAAAAGAUAUUGUCAAGAUCAAGCCAUCUUGUCAUGGCUGUCAGAUAAUUAUGACACUGAGAUCUUCUUCAAACUCCUGGACAUAUUUUAUUAUAUAAAACAAAUGUUGGAAGAGAAAAAGGAGAAGACAGACCGAGAGAACAUCGACAUCAUCUUCGUAGCACAUGGAUCAAUUGAAGAGCCCCUGAUGCCAGCCAGCACUCUGCUCCCUCUGUCCACAAUCGAAGAUGUGAUCCUGUAUUCUCCCUGGAACUCUUUCAUUGAUUCUAAAGUGGCGUAUGGUAUUAUUACAGGAAGCCUACAACCUCAUCACAGGCUCGUCGGCUGUGCACCACCUUGUUGCUGUCAAAAUUACUUAAACCAUCUGCCCACCAAUCUGCCACCAUACUGGAACUCAAUGAAGAAUUCUGGCGCAGGGCUCAUCCCAAACAUCUUCAUUGAACCUCUGAAAUCAGUAGACCCAGCAUGGAACGGUGUGGUGGAGCUACGAGGAUUAUAUGGUCAACCUGGGACAAACCGAGUCUUCAUUCCAUACUGGUUCCCGAUGAAAAUCCCGUUCUAUGUUGUCACUCUGGCGCUGUCCCUGGUGCUCUUUAUCUUUCCAUUCAGAGCAACUGUCCACCUCGCAGCAUGUCUGGGUAGAUCCUCACAAGAAACGCUGUCUGGGCAGGUCGAGAACCUCAACAAGCAGUAUUCAUGCACUGUCGACGGCACAUACUUUACAUCCGCAGACAACAUGUUAUCUGCAGAUCCUGGACUGUACAGAGCCUUGCAGGCUUGGUUUGAUCAGUAGGUCAUUUUAGUGUUAAAACUACAGUGGCCCUGAAAGAUCAACAGACCAGGAACGCAAAGAGAAAGCUGAAGGAAGUUUAAAUACAAAACAUCCGGACAACUCAUGCAAAUUAUUUAGGUUCCGAAAAGGGCAACGCAACCACAAAAGAUUUGCGAAAAUGAAAAAAUACAAGAUCACAACCAAAAAUGAUGAUUUAAAGUUUUAGUUACUUCAUUUAAAUGCUUGAUUAUCAGCAUUCUGUAAUCUCUUUACGUAAUGUGUAGAAAAAGUAUUGCAAGUCAUUCACAAGAAAAUCAGUUUCCUUUGUUUUGGUUUCAUACCAUUGCGGUAAAUCAGAGUGAAGUUGAACCGAGAAUUACUAGAAACAGAUAUACAUGUGCUACUCUGGGUGAUGUAAUGAAACAAGAAAUGGCAGUGUUCACUUAGCAGACAUAUCUGAUGGGGAGAAUUUCAUUUUGCUUUCAAUCUGAGAACACGGACGCAUCUAAAGUUUCCACUGUAAUUGGACUGCAAACCACACUGAAAAGGAAGUCUUGGAAGUUGUUUGUGACAAACUGUUGGCUACACCGGAAACCACUGACAGUUUUCCAUCGGCCCCAGAGACUCAUAUCAUCUCAUCAACAGGGACUGCAUUUUUGUAUCUGUAUAUCCUCUUUGAUUCAUGUGGAGAAAAGCCAGAAGAUAAACAUCUUGUGUAUCUGAGACUAUGCUUUCCUUUUAUGUACAGAGUAGUUAUCCUUCUCUUAUUCACGCAGGGUAGGCAUUGCCACCUUGGUCCACCACUGAAUUGUGUAGAUGACAGCUAUAUGAACUGUGUCUUCCUUUUUCUCAGCCAAGACCCUGGGUUGUACUUCAGGUUUCUUUGGUUGGGUUUGCUUUGUGCCUGAACAUAUGUUUCUUUAAAACAGCCUGUAAUAUUAAUCCACUUGAGGCCUGGUUCAUUUGAGCUUCAUCAGAUGAUGUAUAAGAGAAUCUUACUUUUUUUGUCAAACAAUCUGACUAAUCUUGUCUUGAUUUGUGUCAUCAAUUAAAUAAAACGAAUCGUAAAAUAUAA